AUGCGUCUUGACUGCUUUAUCUUUCUCUUCAUAACUGCUAUUGUCUUGUCAUCAAUUACUCUUGCACAAAUUUUUAAUGCUGCCCUCAUUUCAUUGUCAUUAACAUAUGCUAUUGCAUUGAUGGAUGAUUUUGCUUUCUACAUGAGAUCCAGCACAGAAGUGGAGAACUUGAUGGUAUCUCCAGAGAGGGUUAUUGCUUAUGGUGGAUUAGAAGUCGAAGCAUCAUUGGAAACUCUUCCUGAGUCUAAGCCACCACCAAACUGGCCUGAUAAAGGAAAUAUUAUAUUUAAUGAGAUUUGUUAUAGUCAUUCAGUAGAUGGCCCACAAGUACUGAGUAAUAUAUCAUGUCUUAUAUCUAGCAGGAGUAAAGUUGGUAUUGUGGGUAGAACUGGUGCUGGAAAGACAUCACUGAUAUCAGCAUUGUUUAGAUUAGCUGAACCAACUGGCGGCAGUAUCAUUAUUGAUGGAGUUAAUGCUAAUGCACUAGGACUACAUGAUCUUAGGAAGAAUAUAUCAAUUAUACCUCAAGAUCCAGUAUUGUUUGGUGGGCCAAUUAGAUACAAUCUUGAUCCUUUUCAAGUGUACAAUGAUUCUGACAUAUGGAGAGCAUUAGAACAAGUUCAGUUAAAAUCAGUAGUUGAAGGAUUGGAUGAUGGUCUAUUGUCAAUCAUAACUGAAGGAGGUAGCAACUUUAGUGUUGGUCAGAGACAGCUCUUUUGUCUUGCAAGAGCUCUCCUGAGAAACAAUCCAAUUUUAGUAUUAGAUGAAGCCACAGCUAAUGUAGACAUGAAAACUGAUGGUAUCAUUCAAGAAGUGAUUCGUGAGCAGUUUAGUGAAUGCACUGUACUGACUGUUGCCCAUCGACUAAACACUGUAAUGGAUUAUGAUAAGAUCAUGGUACUGGAUAAAGGAGAAUUAGUGGAGUAUGAUGAACCUCAUUUGUUGCUUUGUCAGUCGUCAUCUUACCUUGGACAAUUAGUUGAUCAAACGGGACCAAUCAAUGCUAAGAAGCUAAGAGACAUAGCUCUAUUGAAUCAUCGGCAAAAAUGUGUAAAUUAAUGAGCUACACCCUUUUUAGCUGUGCCAUGUUUUAGUGUAACUGUAUUAAUAAUAUGAGCUUAUUUAUUCUUAUGUAAACAUCAAGCACUUGUGAA